GGAAGAAGUCAGCUGAUUUUCUUGUUGUGCUCCUGGAAGUUAUUGCUGUCUCGCGUACAUUUUAAACGUUUAUUAGUGUCUUAACUGUCUUUCCUUAAUUUAAUUUAAAUAAUGUUGCGUCCUAAAGCAUUAACACAAGUACUCAGUCAGGCAAACACCAGUGGAGUUCAAAGCACAUUGUUAUUGAACAACGAAGGCUCCCUGUUGGCGUAUUCUGGAUACGGAGACACCGAUGCAAGAGUCACCGCAGCUAUUGCCAGCAACAUCUGGGCGGCUUACGACAAAAACGGACACCAGGCCUUUAAUGAGGACAAACUUAAAUUCAUUCUGAUGGAUUGUAUGGAGGGAAGGGUGGCCAUUACACGUGUUGCAAACUUGUUGCUUUGCAUGUAUGCCAAGGAGACAGUCGGAUUUGGGAUGCUUAAAGCCAAGGCUGAGGCUUUAGUGCAGUACCUUGAGGAACCACUAACACAAGUGGCAGCGUCGUAGGAUCUACAUUUGAUGUGUGGAUUAAGAGUACAAGAUAUUGGCCUUUAUACAAUAAUAUAUAUGGCUUUAUUUAUUCGGAUACUCAAGUUCAUUGCUGUUUCAAAUUAUGUGGCGGUUAAACCCUAAACAAGUAUUUGCAUAAACAUGGAUUAAUACAUUUGAACUGCCUUUCUCUUUUUUUUUUGUUUACUGUUUAUGUCUCAGGACUUUUUACAGUAAGUGAUCAGGCUGUGUCUUAUGGAAACUUGCUUCUGCCACAGAAUAAAAACGUAAAUCAGG